GAAAUGCCGCAAGGCAUAUAGUGCCUCGAAAUCUUUCACUUGUGUUGACCAAUACUAUAGUCUCCACAGCCACCACCACCACCACCACUACCACCACCACCAGACCAACUGCUUCAUCAUCUUACUUGGGCAUCAGUCGUGCACGUUACGGCUUCCAUUUCCAUGCCAGCUUGAAAAAAGAAGUUUGAAGUCGCAAGAAGAAUCAUUCAGUGCUACCACUUUUUCUCAGGGAAUCUCUAUGCACGGGGACCCAAAAGUUUCAAUGCUCAUUUAGUUCCAAUGGUGUGUAAUGCAUGCAUUGGCUGGUCCCAUCCAGCUCAACAUGUUGUAGUUUGGAUUUUGGAAGAGGGCAGCCAGCAGGGCAAAAGGCAGAAUAGAAACUGCUCUUUUGGAGUGGAGUGAGACAUUCCAUUCUCUCCUGCUAUUUUGGGUUUCCUUGGUUGGGAGGUGGUGGGUGGAUUUAUCUUGUUGAGGGAUUUGUUGAGUGCUACAUUGUCCUAAAGUUUUGGUUUUUUUUUUGGUUGGUUCUUCUGCUUAUGAGGUUGUUUAACUGGUGGUACUAGUGGUACUCUUUCUGUUCUUUUUCUUUGGUGGGUUAGGUCUGGUUUUGUGAGGUAUGUGGCCUAGAAUUGCUGCUGGCUUGAGGUUGUUUGUAUGCUUUUCUAUCAUUUGCGGGUUUGGUGUCGGUGCUUUAAUAUGUUGGAAUGUCCUAAAAUGUUUGAAUGUUGAGUGAGUUUCAUCUCAGUAGAACCUGUUCUUUGUGCUUGGAGCUCUUCUGAAGAUUAGUUUCUUGAGUGAUCACUGUAUGUGCAACCUUGUGUGGCUUCUCAGGUUUUUAUUUCUUGAGCAUGGUCAUACUCCAAAUUAUUCUGGCCUUUGGGGAUUUGGGUGUGUUAUGGACUUGUGGGGAUUUUGGUUGUGAAAUAGAGUCACAGCUGUUUUCUCAGUUGUGUGCUUCUGUGGGGAACAAAUUGAUGGAGAAGGGCUUAUGACUAAAUAUUUUUAGCCUGGUAGUUGAUUUCUUAGGAUCACGGUGUGCACUGUGUAACUUUCCAGGUUCUGUUGAGGUUCUUUGUUCUGACCAUUCCAUUUAAGCUUUCUUUGGAAUGGCCUGUAAGAAGCUGGGAUCAAAAGCCGAUGCCUUUCAUCGACAAGGACAAGCCUGGUUUUGCACAACUGGGCUUCCAAGCGAUAUUAUCAUUGAAGUUGGAGAGAUGGCCUUCCAUCUUCAUAAGUUCCCUCUUUUGUCAAAGAGUGCUCUCCUGGAAAAGCUUAUUGAGGAGAUCUCUGAUGAACAAGAGGGUUGUGUAGUGAAGUUGGAUGAUCUUCCUGGUGGGUCUAAAGCAUUUGAACUAGUGGCUAGAUUCUGUUAUGGUGUGAAGUUUGAACUCACUGCAUCGAAUGUGGUUUGCCUACACUGUGCUGCUGAGCAUCUUCAAAUGACAGAGGAAAUAGCAGAAGGCAAUUUGAUCACUCAGACAGAGAUCUUUAUCAACCAAGUCGUCAUUCGUAGCUGGAAAGAUUCGAUAAAAGCACUCGUGAUGUGCAACAAUCUUCUCCCACAUGCUGAAAAUCUUCAGAUCAUUAAGAGAUGCCUUGAUUCUCUAGCUGUUAAAGCUUGUACAGAUCCCAAUCUGUUUGGUUGGCCAAUGGUGGAGCAUGGCACAAUGCACAGCCCUGGUGGGAGUGUUUUGUGGAAUGGAAUCAGCACAGGAGCCAGACCACGAAAUUGUAGUUCUGAUUGGUGGUAUGAAGACGUCUCUUCAUUGAGUCUUCCCUUGUAUAAGAAGCUGAUCUCGGUCAUGGAAUCUCGAGGUAUCAGACAAGAAGUAAUAGCAGGCUCCAUGACGUUCUAUGCCAAAAGGUAUCUGCCUGGUAUUAGUAGGCAUCACUGUAUGCCAUCUGUAGCUCUGACAGCUGCACCAUCUGAAGAAGAACAGAGACAGCUUCUUGAAGAGAUUGCAAGCAUGUUACCUUUACAAAAGGGUAUGAUAUCAACUAAUGUCUUGUUCGGUCUUCUUCGCACUGGCAUGAUUCUGCAAGUGAAACCAUCAUGCAUUUCUGACCUGGAGAAAAGAAUCGGGCUGCAGCUAGACCAGGCCACUUUGGAGGAUCUUCUGUUGCCAAACUUUUCAUAUUCUAUGGAGACACUGUACAAUGUUGACUGUGUACAACAAAUUCUUGAGCACUUCUUAGCCAUGGUUCAAGCUGCUGAUUGUGCAUCCCCUAAUAUGGUUGAUGAUGAGCAAAUAACUGGUUCACCUUCUCUGGAACCUGUUACUACUGCUGCCAAGCUAAUCGAUGGGUAUCUAGCAGAGAUUGCACCAGAUGUCAACUUAAAGCUUCCAAAGUUCCAAAAUCUGGCUGGUGCAGUACCUGAUUAUGCACGGCCACUGGAUGAUGGACUAUAUCGUGCUAUUGACAUCUAUUUAAAGGCACACCCAUGGCUCACUGAAGCUGACAGAGAACAGCUCUGCCGGCUGAUGGACUGCCAGAAGCUCUCCCUAGAAGCCUGCACUCAUGCUGCACAGAAUGAGAGGCUCCCAUUACGAUUAGUGGUUCAAGUGCUUUUCUUUGAGCAACUUCAACUUAGGACCUCAAUCGCUGGUUGCUUGCUUGUUUCUGACAACCUUGAUGGAUCACGGCCCUUGAGGGGUGGACUGGUGGGUUCAGGUGAUGCUGGUGGGUGGGCAAGCACCGUGAGGGAAAACCAUGUAUUGAAGGAAGGAAUGGAUAACAUGAGGAUGAGAGUGUCGGAGCUUGAAAAGGAGUGCAUGAGCAUGAGACAGGAGAUUGAGAAGUUGGGCCACGGGAACAGCAGGUGGAGUAGUGUCCCAAAGAGGUUUGGAUUUACGAUCAAGUCACAGAUGUGCAGUGCCCAAGAGGAGUCUGUAGGUGAUCAUUGCAGGAAUAGAAUGAACAUCAAGACUGAGAAAUUUCCAGAAAAGCUCAUGAAACACAAGAAGCAGUCAUCUGCAGGUUCAUGACCUUUCCUGUGAGGUAUCGUGGGAUUGUAACUCUAGUUUUCUUUUUUCAUCAAAAUAGGAAGCAUGAAUCCAGAUGAUAUGUUUCUUGAACAAAUUUGAUCUUGAGGUUGGCCUUCAAAAAGGAAACCUAAAUCUUGGGUUAACCAUCUGCUUCCUACUAGUGACUGACAUGCGACAUCUGCAAACUGAAACAGAUCUGUAUCUUUCUGAUUUGCUUGUGCUUCUUGGUUUCUCGUUAUAUAAAUCUGCUCAUUGUUCAAGAUUGUAUAGAUCUUGAAUUGGAUCAGCCUUUUACAUUGUGUUAUCUCAUGCAAGCUCAAUGAGCAAAUCGGCGACAAAUAGCUGCUGUAUAUUAUCUCUGAAAAAGAGUUUGGCAUGAAAAUAAGCAGUGCUAUGCUUUUGAUUUGAAUAAUGAACCAGGUAAGAUAGAUCUGCCAGUUUAGAGCUCUGUGAAUACAUCAAAUGCUUGUCGGACAGCAGAAUUCUUAGCUUUUGAGUAAAAUGGUAAAUCAAUAUUGUUUUGCACUUCACAGCAUCAGGUCAAUGGAGUUUAUCGAUAACUUGCGAUAGCAUGGUGAUCUGCAGUUGAUUACUUUCAUUACUAGUUGAUGCUUAUAUGAAUAAAUGCAAGGAAAACUGCAGGUUUGCAGAACAGAAGCAACUGAAUGGGAAUACCUUCAAAUGACUCAAUACAGGCUAACAAAGUUUGUUCUUACAGCUCCAUUCCAUCAAAGAUUUAUGAAAGGUCUGUAUGAUCCAAAUUCUUGCUGUGUUACACUUGUGUCCCUUGAUGUAAGAUUUACCUCAGUUUUUUUUUGUUCUUUUUGUUGCAGUCCAUUUUCCUGCCAUUGUGAUUAUAGUUCUGUCUGAUUUAACUCCUGAGUUCAAACAAAAUUUUCCUAGCUUCUUGUUCAUGAUCAUUGUUAAUGAGCUG